CUGUGUCGAAAUCGUCCACUACUCAGACGAUGGAAAAAUCGUUAGAUUCGCAUUUAGAUGACAUAAUGUCUGAACAUGGCGUCAUUGGAGUAUUAUGUAGCGAUCAGCAAGGACUGGCUUUGUCAGCUAAAGGUACAGCAAAUCCCAUGUAUGCAGGACUGAUUUCCUCUUUGGCAGAGAACGCAAAGCAAAUUUACCCAGACAGAGUGCCUGUCAUUUGCUUGGAGUCAGAUGCAUGUAAUCUGCUUGUGAGAUCAGAAGGAAAUGUCACAGUUGCCAUCCAUAAAGUUCCCUCAUAACAUACACAACAGUUGGAAACAUGAAAUUAUUAUAGCCCCAAUUUUUGUUUGUAAAUGAACUUUGAAUUUCCUAUCAAUAAAAGAAAAUAAAGAAUAU